UGCAAAAAAAUCGCUACGAACUGAAUGGUGUCGCUCCCCGAGAGAGUUUUUAUCAUCACUUAUUCCUUAACUUUUGAUACAUAAUGGCUGAAAAGGAGCAACAAGAAUUAGCAUCACAAACUGAAGAGGCAAAAAAGAUCGAUGCCAAUGUUGACAGGACAGGAGAAGGAUCAGAUGAGCAAGGCAAGACCAGUUCCGAUGUAGCAAAUGCUAGCCCGACACCAACAUCUCCUGAUGGUGGAGGAUCGAGCGCUUCCGAAGAGGUAAAAGGUGCGGCAGGGGGAGGCCUAAAUAUUGAAGACCUUGUAGCUGAUAAUAAGAACUCCAAGACUCUAAAAUGUUUGCGAUGUGGAAGCACUAUCUUAAGGCCAGAUAAUGCGACAUAUCAGAAAAAGGAGAUAUUUUUGCCACAUAUGAAGAAGAAGAAGGCCAACCAAGCUGCGACUGAUGGAGAAACAUUAUCAGAUCAAUGGCGCAUUGAAGGAAUGUAUACCUUUGAGAAUGUGGGAUUUACAAACGCUGUUAACAACAUAAAAUAUCUUAUAUGUGCUGACUGUGAAGUUGGACCAAUAGGCUGGUACGAUCAAAGUGAUGCUAAUAAUUUCUAUGUGGCAAUGGAACGUGUACAGCAUGAAUGAUGAGUUAGGUUGGCAUUGAGACAUAUCGUCUUUCUACCAUGCACGAAUGAAAUUUUUUAUAGUGGCCAUCACGACUCGUCAACCCAUUCUUGACAUGAAGCAUUUGCCAUUAAAUACUAAUGAUCCGCGGGGGUUACAGUACCAUGUGUACUGUGAAUGAGGCUAUCUGAGGCAGCCAAUCACAAGAUAGAAAGUUAAAGAUGAUUACAUUUACCAAGGAUGAAUUCUGCUCACACAAAUAUUGCAUGUGAAUAAUAUUUAUAACUGACUACUAAUGAAUUUUAUGAUUAUGUUCCGUAAUGUUGUUACAGUACAACACUAAUACAGUAUGUACUUGUUUACUCAAAAUCAUGUAAUUUUUAUUACAACUUAUUCACUGUUGAAUUCAGUGUAAAGACUCUGGGUACAGUAGUACUGUAUGUUUUCAAAUUCCACUGAAUAUUGUAAUUAAUAAUUGUGACCGGCAUGGCAAAACCAGCCAUGAGUUGAUGGUGUUUUUAAAUUCUGCAUGAAUUCUUUAAUCACAGUGUUUAUUUGAUGGAAAUUGGUUAAGUAUUAGUAAAUUUAUGAAUAUUUAAUUCAUUUGAUAUUAGCCAUGUAGGUUUUGAGAAAACAGCUUCUAAAGAUU